AUGGAUAUCAACCAAGCGUUGAAUCUAAUCAAUAGUCGGGUGACGAAACUUGAUAAACGACUCACUGAUACUGUGUUGAAUGCCAUCUCCAACAAAAAUGAGGCAUUACUUUAUUUGUCAGAUCAAGACUCGGACCCUGCAAUCAAUAAUAUUUUGAAAUCCCUUUAUAACAUCGACUCGGACCAAAUCGACUGCUUCGUAGAAACGUGUAACGAUUUCAGUGUAGACAAAAUAUGUGGUAUAGACGAUGAUUCCGUGUUUGAGGUUGUUGUUCGCUUUUUGAUAAGAAACAAGGACACUGAGAAAGUCGAACAAAUAGUCUCAACCCUUAGUGCAAAAGAUGAAAAUUCCCCGCGGUUUAUGUUACUCAAAAAAAUAUGCCCACACAUCACAUUCUCGUUUGUCAUCAACAAGUUGCAACAACGCGUUGAAAGUCUUUCAUCGACUAACAUCGAGUUGAGUAAGAAGAUCGAAAGUUUUACAAAGGUCCAAUUCACCAAACAAGACUUUACAUCAAUCUACCCCCAAAGUCCAUUGUCUCCACAAUACACAGAGCCACAGAGUAUCACUAAAUCAGCGAACUUAUUUCAAAAGUCUGAUCCAUUGAGUAUUAGACCCUCUUGUGUUGUCCCAACCAUUAGCAAAAACCAAACCCCGUCCCAAGAUAUAAAAGCGGUUACACUGGAAGAAGCACUUUCAAUGAAACCCGCUGCGUUCAUCGAGAGUCAUAUAGAAGGCAUAUUGCAAGCGAUUGGGAAGAAGCACGCGGUUAUUGUGUUUGAGGCGAAGGGGUCUAAGAACUUCACCGACAUGUUUAACGUGAUCAAACCCCUCGACCAGUUCUUCUUUGUAUUUCAGAUGACAAGUGGCGAGACGUUUGGCGCAUAUUUUGAGAAAAGCCCAUCAUCAUUUGGUCAGCAAAUUGUCGAUUCACGUCAUUUUGUGUUUUCGAUAGCAAAUAAUUAUAACGAAGGGAUCUACAAGAUGCAGUGGAAGGGAAAUGGUCCAGCGUACUACUUGACCGAUAAGGAAUUGAAGAUCUUUGGAUUGGGAAGCUUCUUUGAGACACGGAAUGGCAUUCUGUUUGACGAGGAUGUGGCGAUUAAUGAAUGUUACGGGAAUACGCCGUUUGUGGGGCGGAAGAUUUUCUCAUCGAAACUGAGUCCAAAGAAGUUUGUGUGGAAGUCGUUGAUGGUUGUCAAAACUAUGUGA